GGCGCUUUCGGGCGGUGUACACGUUUCGUUAGCUUCUCUAUUUUAAAAACUACUUGCUUGACGAUAUCCGGGAAGGGACCGACCGCAUCACCGCGGCGUCGACUCUACACCACUGUCACUCAUUUUCGAUGCAGUCGACCUGCGUACGCGUCGUUGGUCGCUUCGCGCGCACGCGCGUCCGCCUUUAUGCACUUAACACUUUUUGAUAGUUAAUAAGAUUUAAACGUGCAAAGGUAAAUGAACUUAUUAUAAACAAAGUGCCUUUUUUCAAUCAGAGGAUGUACGAUACGCAGAGGUGAUAUUUGUGGUGCCAGUUGAUAAUUUUUAGUUACCAUGAGCGGGAGGGAAGGCGGAAAUGCAGUUCCCUCUUCAAGUGCAGCGGGCGCGAGCGGCAGCGCCGUCAUAGGGGUGACGCGCCGCGGACGGUGUAAGUGGUUCAACGUCGCGAAGGGCUGGGGGUUCAUUACCCCUGACGAUGGCGGGCAAGAUGUUUUUGUGCACCAGAGUGUCAUUCAAAUGCCAGGAUUCCGGUCUCUUGGUGACGAUGAGGAAGUUGAGUUCGAAUGCAAAGCGUCCGACAAGGGGCUCGAGGCAACGCGGGUGUCAGGUCCUUCAUCUGUGGACUGCCAAGGAUCACAUCGACGUCCACUCGCCAAGAAACGGUUCAGAAAGAUACGUUGCUAUAACUGCGGCGAGUUCGCUAACCACAUAGCGGCCAAGUGCACCAUCAGCCCACAACCAAAGAGAUGUCACAACUGCAAGAGCGAGGAUCACCUUAUCGCCGACUGCCCAGUCAAGUUGGAAAAAAAGAGGGACGACGCUACCAAGAGUAGUUCGAGUGGCUCUCAGGGAGGCCAGCAGGACAGUCCACCACAUUCGUAACUCAAUACACACAUCAACUGUAUUCCAAGACCCCACGAAACAUUGUAGACUAUCUAACGGCAUUUCUUCGCUCUUACUUUAACUUUGUUAAAACGUUUUAUAAAUUUAGAAAAAAGCUUAUUUCCGUCUAGAUACUCCAUUCCAAAUCGAAACGACUUAAUUGAAUUAACAGAUUUUACCACAAAAAUAUUUUUUAACUGCCAAACUACAUAUGUAUAACCAAAAUGUAUACUUACAUAAGAACGCAUCUACCUCAAUAUAGUUACAGUUUAGCUAUACAAAUAAGUACAAGACUGAUCGGUACAAAUCCAUAAUUCUAGUACAAACUAUACAAUAUAUACAUUUUACAUGAUAAUUUUAAUGAUAGUAAUAUUACAACCUAAGUUUGCAAACGUAACGUAAGUACAAAUUUUAUGUGUUCGAGUGACCUUAAUUAUUUUACGUAUAUUGGUGUUUAUCCAAAGUUAAGUGUGUGUUUAUAUUAUUAUUAUUUUGUUGCUAUAUUAUAUUAUGACAAACUUUAUGUUAGUUCUAGCUCAUAAAUAAC